CUGGAAGUUUCUCACUUUCUGUCCGUGAAUGUGAAGCCGAAGACAACACGAAGGAAAGCGCUGUUUAAAGAGUAUUCAAAUUCGAAGCUGUAGGGAGAUACAUCUGCUUUAUUCGGGACUUUUCUAUCUUUCCGUCAUGGAGUUUGGUGAAGAGUCGUCUCCCACUCUGGCUUUCGAGAAGGACGCGUUCGAGCUGACGGUAGAAGAUGUGUAUGACAUUUCCUACGUUAUUGGACGAGAUUUGUUAAAAAUAAGCAGCACAGGCGAAGAAGUGUCAGAUUUACAGUUCAGGAUAGUCCGAGUUUUGGAAAUGUUCGAGACUUUGGUCAACAAAUACAACUUAUCUCUGGAAGAGCUGAAAAUGGAGCGGGACAACUUAAAGAUUGAGCUGCACAGGAUCCUACAGGAGAACUCGUCCGGGCAGGCCACGCAAACAGCGGGACCAAACCAGCUCGUGGUGGACCUGACAGACCCCAACAGACCCCGGUUCACCAUGCAGGAGCUGAAGGAGGUGCUGCAGGAGAGGAACCAGCUGAAGGCCCAGCUCAUGAUGGCCCAGGAGGAGCUACAGCUCUACAAGAGUGGGCUUAUCCCACCGGGCGAGCCUGCCAUGGUGGAAGUGGAUCUGGAGUCUGAAGAAGCUACAGAGAGCAGCCCAGCCACGAUAAACGACACAAAAGGAGAGAAGACAACCAUAGGCAGACUGUUUUCAUUCAAGAAAAAAUAAGCAAGCCUCUUCAACAGAACAGACCACAUAGAAGCCAAACCGGAUCCAUCAGCACAACUUUGUUUAACCACUUUUAUAUAGACUCUUUUUUACUUUAUGUAUUAUGUCAAUCUAACAAGCACUGUGUUUUGUACUGGAAAUGUUAUUAUUGUAAGAUGGGUUAUAGUUUUUAGUUAUUUUAAAAGGAAGGUUAUCAAAUGAAGAUAUGGAAUUAAACUGGAAAGUAUUAUUUAACUAGUGAACAAGCAGAGAUAUUGUUCAACACCUUUUUUCUUAAAAUGAAAUUAUUUAUACGCUCUUAAAGUUGAUUUGUUAAUCAAAAUCAAGUCUUAAUGUUGUCAGAUAAUCUUUAAAACAUUUUAUGUGACCUUUAUACCUUUAUAGCGAGGAGAAAUGGUCCCUUUCCUCUGAGUUUCAAACAAUGAUACUUAUUAAUCACACCUGAAGUCAGUACAAGUGUAAUUUCUCUAGUUUUAUAUGUCAACAGUCUAUGACAUCACUUCACGUGUAUCAGUAAAAGGUUGACAGUGAAACUCAAAUAUUUAUCAAGUUAAAGCUCCUGUGAGGAAAUGUGUCAAGUCUGGCGCCCCCUGUGGACAAAAUGUGGCCUUUUAUAUUUACUAAUUUGUCUUAUUAGUUCAAAAGAAUAAUUAUCCUGCUUUCUCUUAAGCAGGUCAGAUGUCUCACUCAUAAUUAAUCUUUAUUGUUAAAAAUGUAACCAAAAAGACCAUUUUGCAUGCAAUUAAUUUCUUUGUUCAUCUCAUACCCCACAUCAGCAGCUUUAAUUCAGGUUGUAAUAAUAACAAUACUGAAAAAACGCAAUUCUGAUGGCCUUAUUUGCUUUAUUGUGUCAAAUAUCAUAUUCCCAUUGAAAGAGACAAGUUUAAUGUCUCUUUAAUAAAUAUCUUAAUACUCCUCACUUGAGCUUUAAAAUGAAGUUAUUAAUGCACUGGAAAUGUUGAGUUAAAGCCUUUGCACACCAAAGACGACGCAAAUAAACAGCAUGAAAAUGUGAAUAAUUCAGAUGAAAAUUUGAACAUGGCUUUCUUCUCACAUUACAAGCAACAUGAUUUUAUGAAUAAAUUAUGCACCUACUUUUUCAUGCACAACAGAGCCUGCUAAAGUAUUCAUUCCUUGGAUGUUUUACCCUUUUUAUUGAUUUCAUAAAUCAAGCAUAGUCCAUAUAAUUUGGCUUUUUUGAUGAAAAAACAUCAAAGUAAAUGUGUCUUCAGUGAUUGAACUAUAAAGACAAUUGUGUCUGGAAGGUUCAGUCACUGGUUAAUCAGUAUUCCUGGCUACCUUUAUACCAUGAAGAUAAAAGAACACUCCAAGCAACUCAGAGGGUAUUGAAAGUAUAAGUCAGGGGAUGGAUAAAAAAAAUCCAGGACACUGAACAUCCCUUGGAGUUCAGUUACAUUCAUCAUCAAGAAAUGGAAGGAAUAUGGCACAUGUGUAAGUCUGCCUAGAUCAAGCCAUCCUCAUGGGGUUGUUUGCCAAAAGGCAUGAGGGAGACUCCAUGGUAAAGUGGAGGAAAGUUCUUUGGCCUGAUUAGACCAAAAUGGUGCUUUUUGGCCAUCAGACAAGACACUAUGGAUGUUUGGCAGACACCAAACACUGCAUAUCACCACAACCACACCAUGCCCGCUGUGAAGCACAGUGGUGGCAGCAUCAUGCUGUGGGGAUGCUUCUCAACAGCCAGCCAGUAUGUGGCAAAGUGAACAUGUUUUUAUUUGAUUGGCAUUACUUUGCAGAAAUCUGUUUUCACUUCGACAUUAAAAAGGUUUUGUUUUUUGGAGGGCUCAAAAAAAGCCUAAUUCUAUUGUUCCUGAUUGAUUUAUAAAAUCAAUACUAGGGUGAUACUUUUAUAGUGACUGUAGAUUGAGUCCCUGUUUUCUGCGUGUUCCUACUGGCUUCACGAUCAGAACCAAGCAGACCUACAUGCUCUCUGAACAAAGAAAACUGUUCUCCCUGUGUCAGACCUGCUGUCAAAUGUUUACAGUCUGCUGUGAGCUGGGUGGUUCAGUUUCAUAUGAGUGGUGCUGCAACUUGUGUAUCUGCUAAAGGUGUCUUUAACCAUCCCAUGGCAUGAAAACAUAUUGGCUGUAAUUUUGCCAUGGCUGAUGUGAAAGCUUGUGUUGACUUUCUACAGGCACAAAAAAUCCCAAAACACUGGAAUUAAUCACAUGAAAGAAACGUGGCUGGUGUGCAAAGGCCUUAAGUCAAAAUUAAGUCUUAAUGAGCUCCUUGUUGGUCAGUAAGUUUUGUAAACUUUAUCUGUCACUCUGAACUGUCAGCUGUCAUACUGAGGAAAAAUGGCCUCUUCCCAAAAAAUCAAAACAAUAAAAUAUCAUCACAUCAUCUGGUGUUUUGUUCAAGAUGUAUCAAGUUAUAAACUAAAAUAUGAAUUCACCUAUCUGUCUUAUUUCUGAUCUGAACUGUGGAAGAUGUAAAAACAGCUUGUUUUAGGAGCAUGUCUGAGAAUGGAUGAAUGAGAAAUAAAGAAGCUCUAUGAGAUAAGGUAAUAUUCGAUGAAUGGCUUUAUGAAUAACAAGACGCCAAUGGAAAUGUAGUCUCAUCUGAAGGAAACAUCAUCCAAACUUACUGUAUGAUGCAUGUUCUAAGGAUCAGUAGUAAUAAUCUUAAUGCAGUCAUCUGAGGGUUGUAGAGGAGGCAUGUCUGUAGAUAAUGUCCCUAUACAAUACACAUUAAUGGGCAUUAAUAGUUAACACAAAGUUCAGAGCAUGAUUAGUUAUGUCUUAAAAAGUCUAAAUGUUAAAGUGUUUUUAUGUGAUAUUCACACAGAAAUGCAAACACAAACUAUUUUUAAUAUUAGACAAAGUUAACCACAGUAAAUACAAAAUGUAUUUUUUUUAAUGAUUUCUUUUCCCCAGAAUAAAAAAGCCUUCCAAACCUAUCUGGCCCUAUGUGAAAAUGUAAUUGCCCCCUGAACCUAAUAACUGGUCGUGCCACCAUUGGCAGCAUUAACUGCAAACAAGUGUUUGAAAUAACUGCAAUUUUGGCCCACUAUUCUCUGCAGAAUUGUUUGAGUUCAGCCACAUCAUAAGGGUUUUAGAGCAUGACCAGCCUGUUUAAGGUCAUGCCACAGCAUCUCAAUCACAGUUAAUUCUGGACUUUGACUAGGCCACUCCAAAACCUUAAUUUUAACGCCAUUCAGAGGUGGACUUGCAGACAUCUUUUGGAUCAUUGUCCUGCCCCAUAAUCCAUGACCCAGACCACACUACCACCACCAUGUUUGACUGUUGGUUUGAUGUUCUUUUCAUGAAGUGUUAUUUUUACUCCAGAUGCAACAGGACGAACGCUUUCCAAAAAGUUAUUUUUGUCUCGUCAGUCCACAGAAUAAAUAUCCAAAAAGUGUUGGGGGAUCAUUGAGUGUUUUAUUGGCAAAUAGCCGAGCCUUUGUGAUCUUUUUUGGUCAGCAGUGGUUUUGGCCUUGGAACUCUCCCAUGGAUGCAAUUUUUGUUAAAAUCAUGAACACCGACUUUGACUGAGACAAGUGAGGCCUGAAGUUCUUUGGAUGUUUUUCUGGGUUCUUUUGUGACCUCUUGGAUGAGAUGUUAGUGAGCUCCUGGAGUAAUUUUGGUCAGCUGGCCACUCCUGGUAAGGUUCACUACUGUUAUAAGUUUUCUACAUUUGUGGAUAAUGGCUCUUGCUGUGGUUCACUGGAGUCCCAAAGCUGUAGAAGUGGCUUUGUAACCCUUUCCAGACUGAUGGAUAUCAAUGAUUUUGUUUCUCACCUGUUUUCAACUUAGUUUAGCAUGAAGUGUUGCUUUUGAGAUCUUGUGGCCUACUUCACUUUGACAGGUUCAAUUUAAGGGAUUUAUGAAUUCAACAGGCCUAGGUGUGGCCAGUGAAAUUGAACUCAACUUUCCAAAAAAAUUCGGUAAAUCACAGUUAAUUCUUGAUGUAACAAGGGAGGCAAAUAUUUUUUGCCAAGGGCCAGGUAGGUUUGGGUGGCUUUUUUCCCUAGAUGAAUGAAAUCAUUUAAAAACAGCAUUGUGUAUUUACUCAGGUUUUCUUUGUCUAAUAUAAAAGUAUGCUUAAUGAUCUGAAACAUUAAAGUGUGAGAAAUGAGUAUCACAAUUAAGUAAACCAGGACGGGGGCAAAUACCUUUUCACAGCACUGUAUUGUAAAGAAAAACAGGCUAGUUUUAACCACAUGGUCUUUAUCAGGACAUAGGAGCAUCUGUACUGUAUGAAUGCAGAUUAAAUAAAAGACAUUUAAACA